UUGGGUGCCGGCGGCCAUGAGCUACGAGCAGCGCCGCGACUGGGGCCGGGGUCGGGGCCGCGGCGGCGAUGGCGGCUCCUCCGGUGGUGGGGGGCACGGGGGCCGCGGCGGGGGCCGGGGCCGCCAUCCCAGCCACCUCAAGGGCCGCGAGAUCGGGCUGUGGUACGCGCGGAAGCAGGGCCAGAAGAGCAAGGAGGCGGACCGGCAGCAGCGCGCCGUGGUGCGGAUGGACGAGCGGCGGGAGGAGCAGAUCGUGCAGCUGCUGAACGCCGUGCAGCCCAGGGCCGAGAAGGAGCAGGAAGCCAUGUCGUGGUGGUCCGGGGACGAGGACGGACAUACUCCAGAACAGCCUCCAAAAGUGAAACCAGGUGCUGAAAAAGCUGAAAAAGCUCCUGUAAAACGGCGACCAGUCUUGGAGAAAACACUUCUUGAUCAGGAUGUGGAAUAUCUCUUUGAAAAAAGUGAUCAAGAUGCGGAUUUAGAUGAGCAGCUUAAAGAAGACUUGAGAAAGAAGAAAUCUGAUCCUAGAUAUAUUGAAAUGCAGAGAUUUCGAGAGAAACUCCCUUCAUACGGGAUGAGACAGGAACUUGUAAACCUCAUAAACAAUAAUCGAGUGACUGUAAUAAGUGGUGAAACCGGCUGUGGAAAGACAACACAAGUGACACAGUUCAUCCUGGACGAUUACAUAGAGCGAGGGAAAGGCUCCACGUGCAGAAUUGUUUGCACUCAACCCAGGAGGAUCAGUGCUAUCUCAGUGGCUGAGAGAGUUGCAGCUGAAAGGGCGGAAGCAUGUGGUAAUGGCAAGAGUACAGGAUACCAGAUUCGUCUACAGAGUCGGUUACCAAGGAAACAAGGUUCAAUUCUGUACUGCACCACAGGAAUUGUCCUUCAGUGGCUCCAGUCAGAUAAGCAUUUGUCCAGUAUUAGUCAUGUAGUUCUUGAUGAAAUUCACGAAAGAAAUCUCCAAUCAGAUGUUUUAAUGAGCAUUAUAAAAGACCUUUUGAAUGUUCGCUUGGAUCUGAAAGUAAUCCUGAUGAGUGCUACUUUAAAUGCAGAGAAGUUUUCCGAGUAUUUUGAUAACUGUCCAAUGAUUCACAUACCUGGGUUCACUUUUCCCGUGGUGGAAUACCUCCUUGAAGAUGUAAUUGAGAAGUUGAGAUACACUCCGGAAAACACAGACCGUCGGCCACGGUGGAAGAAAGGCUUCAUGCAAGGCCAUAUAAGCAGGCCAGAAAAAGAAGAAAAAGAAGAAAUCUACAGGGAACGGUGGCCAGAAUAUUUAAGGCAGCUGCGGGGCAGGUAUUCAGCGAGUACUAUCGAUGCCUUGGAAAUGAUGGAUGAUGACAAGGUAGACCUUGACCUAAUAGCUGCACUUAUCAGACACAUUGUUCUGGAAGAAGAGGACGGUGCAAUUCUAGUGUUUCUUCCAGGAUGGGACAACAUCAGCUCUCUGCAUGAUCUCUUGAUGUCACAAGUCAUGUUUAAGUCGGAUAGGUUUAUUAUCAUCCCUUUGCAUUCCUUGAUGCCUACAGUUAACCAGACUCAGGUGUUCAAGAAGACCCCGCCGGGAGUCAGGAAAAUCGUGAUUGCUACCAACAUUGCAGAGACCAGCAUUACAAUAGAUGACGUGGUGUUUGUUAUAGAUGGUGGGAAAAUCAAGGAAACCCACUUUGACACACAGAACAACAUCAGCACAAUGGCUGCAGAGUGGGUUAGCAAAGCUAACGCCAAGCAGAGGAAGGGUCGAGCAGGAAGAGUGCAGCCAGGCCACUGUUACCAUCUGUACAAUGGGCUGCGUGCCAGCCUGCUGGAUGAUUAUCAGUUACCAGAGAUCUUGAGGACACCUUUGGAAGAGCUCUGCUUACAAAUCAAGAUUCUAAAGCUUGGUGGAAUUGCUUAUUUUCUGAGUAAACUCAUGGAUCCACCAUCUCGUGAUGCUGUAAUGCUGGCCAUUAAUCAUCUGAUGGAGCUGAACGCUUUGGACAGGCAGGAGGAGCUGACUCCGCUUGGCGUACAUCUGGCACGGUUACCAGUUGAACCACAUAUUGGAAAAAUGAUCCUCUUUGGAGCUUUGUUCUGUUGCUUGGAUCCAGUACUUACGAUUGCAGCAAGCCUUAGCUUCAAAGACCCUUUUGUCAUUCCUCUGGGCAAAGAGAAAGUGGCAGAUGCCAGAAGAAAGGAGCUGUCGAAGAAUACUAAAAGUGAUCAUCUGACUGUGGUGAAUGCUUUCACAGGCUGGGAAGAGACUCGUCGGCGUGGUUUCCGAACUGAGAAAGACUAUUGCUGGGAAUAUUUCCUGUCUCCAAAUACUCUCCAGAUGCUGCAUAACAUGAAAGGACAAUUUGCCGAGCAUCUGCUUGCAGCUGGGUUUGUGAACAGCAGAGACCCCAAGGAUCCCAAGUCCAAUACCAACUCAGAUAAUGAGAAGUUGCUCAAAGCUGUCAUCUGUGCUGGCUUGUAUCCAAAAGUUGCAAAGAUCCGGCCAAGCUUUAGCAAAAAGAGGAAAAUGGUGAAAGUUUGCACCAAGACAGAUGGAACAGUGAAUAUUCAUCCUAAAUCUGUUAAUGUGGAAGAAACAGAGUUCCAUUACAACUGGCUGGUGUACCACUUGAAGAUGAGAACUAGCAGUAUCUACCUGUAUGAUUGUACAGAAGUGUCUCCAUACUGUCUGCUGUUCUUUGGAGGAGACAUAUCCAUUCAGAAGGAUAAAGACCAGGACACCAUUGCUGUGGAUGAAUGGAUAGUUUUCCAGUCUCCAGCGAGAAUAGCACACUUAGUUAAGAAUUUAAGACAAGAGCUCGAUGAUCUUCUCCAAGAGAAAAUAGAGAACCCCCACCCUGUGGACUGGGACGACACUAAAUGCAGGGAUACAGCAGUACUGACAGCUAUUAUAGACUUAAUCACCACCCAGGAGAAUGAAAGUGCCAGGAAUUUCGCUCCGCGAUUCCAGAGCGAGCGCUACAGCUGAUGCACUUCAGCUGCUGCGUAAAACCGGCGUCCCCUGUUUUGUUUCGUUGUUGAUAGCAGUUAUUGAGCUGGAGGGAAGGCUGAGGGCAGCUCCUGCAGCAGCGUGUCUGUGUCUGCAUGUCUUCUGUGUCGCUUUUUAAAUAACAAAGCAGCAACGUUAGCAGUGUUAGUUGGUGUACGUUCGGUUCCGUCCCUCCUCUGAAGUCCCCGUAAGGCUGCGGCGUUCGUUCCUCACCCGCUGCAGCCGCCCCAAGGACGGUUCCCGCUCAGCUCGCUGCGCAGCGCUCCUCAGCUGUCGUUGAUGACGAGAGGCGGCCGUGCAGCGAGCGGCUCGUGCUGGGGAGGGAACGCUGCAGCGCGGCCCCGCUCCUGCCCCUCCGUGCCUUCUGUGCCCCUCGGCGCUGAGCGGGACCCCGUUUCCGGUCGCGGUGGAAUCCACCUGAAGGUUUCGUUGUGUUGUUUUUUUUUCACUCUCCGUGUCACAUUAAAGGACUUCUCUCCCAGGCGCGCUGUCGGCUGCUCUCGGCCCGCUGUGCGGCUCGGCGCUGCUGCUCGGGGCGGCGCGCGGCUGCAGGUGCGGACAUCGCGGCGGGGCGGGGCUGCGUGCGCGGCUCCAACGGUUCCAACGGCUGUGGCGGCCCGGGAGGCGGCGGCGCUGAGGUGAGAGCUGCGGCAGGGCGGCGGGCGGGACGGUGGCCCCUCGGCUGGGUGCGGUGGCGGUGCGGCCCUGCGGGUGGCCGCGGGCGGGGGGCGCCGCAAGGCGCCGUGCGGCACCGGGCAUCGCUCCGCCCCGCUGCCCUUCGGCGGCGCUCCCGGGGCUGCGCGUUGUUCUCCUGAGGCCGUUCGCGGAUCGGCGCGCCGUGCUGGGCUCCGUGCUGGGCCGCCCCGAGCUGCGGCUCCGCGGAAGGUGGGUGCGGUGCGGCUCUGCCCCUUUCCUUGGGCGCAGAGCAGCGUUGGGCGAUGGAGGACCCGCUUGUUUUUGGCUUUAAGGCCGCCUGUAGUGGUUGUAGUGGUGCUUUUUAAAGGGCUCGGUUUUUAAAGACAGACGUUGUGUCGGUUAGGUUGCGGGGCCGGCGUGGAGCGGGUGCGGGGCGCGGUGAAGACGCAGCAGUCGAUCGGUGCCGCUGCUCGGGGUCGGAGGGUCGGAGGCCGGUGCGGGAGUGGUUGGAGCUCGGGAGCCCCGGGGCUGCGUCCCGCAGUGCGCGGCCGGUGGGGAGCUGCGAUGGGAGCCGCGAGCUUCGUGCUGUGGGGCAGCGGCGCGAGGGUUCAUUUCGGGCGUUCAUUUCGCAGCGGCAGACUCGGAGCUGCGAUGUCGCGGCCUCGUGCUCGCACAGCUGUGUCUGGCCGCUCGUCUGCUCUCCGUGCGCGGUUCUGCUUUGAUGAAGGUCACCGCAGCGGGCCCUUGGAGCAGCGCGGUGCUGGGGGGUGGCAGAGCAGAAGGCCUUAAUGCCAGCAGGGAGUUUCUGGUCCUUCUCUCUGAGAUCUCAGAGGCUCAUCUCCGAACAAGUCAGAAUGGUGACUUCUUUACGGGCAAUAAAAACACAGGGAGGGUGCUAGGAGGCAGAAACAAAAAGCAACAAACCCUCUGAAAAUGUGUUUGUACAAACUAAAGGAAAGCUUUGUGUAAAGGUGAACUGCUUGUUAUGAUGCCUUCAAUUUGAGAUGACUGAGAGCCAUGGGGGAAUUCAGAGUGGCACGAAAGCCAAAGGCUGUGAGCACUGCAGGCAGGAUGGCUGUUCUGGGCACAGCUGCAGGCCUGGUGCCACACCAAACCAAACAUUGUGUGGGCUUUUGUUCCAGGUGUGGGAGAUGAUGGGUCCCAGGCUGGUGCUGCUGCUGUCAGCUGCGUUAAUGGGAUCUCAGUGCUUUUCAGAGGGUGCUGCUUUAUCAGGCCAGCAAAAACUCCCCUCUCCAAUUUUGUGACUUCUUGUAAUCCUUUGUUUGGGCUGUGCACAGGUGGUGCAGUCUCACUGAUGAGGUGGCUCAAGUGUAGCCUGAUUGUGGUGGCUGCACCUGAGCAGGGAGGGCAGAGCUGAAGGGUUACAAUUCCCAAAUUGUAUUUGUAGGAGGGAGAGGAGGUUUAAUAUCUGUAUACCCAGCGUGAGAUCAAGAAAUGUUCAGAUGUUGGUCCAGCCAGUUUAUUACAGUCUUAAUUAGGGAGAUGGGGAAGGGGAGAAGAGGCACUGUUACGAAUUAAGGUAAUGGGGAAGGGAAGGAGGGCGAUAGAAAAGAUAGGAAAGAAGAAGUAAGGAGUCUUUAUAGGAAGCAAGAGGGAGACAGUCACCAGCAUGGAUCCAGCAUGGUUCAUAGUUCAGUCACUGAUCUUCAGUAGUGGUGGCUGUUCUGUUGAGGACGACGGUGACCACGGCGAUGAUGGCACCUUUUCAGUGGUAGUGAAGUGGUCGAGUCAGCUCUCCUUGGAGUGGCAGAUUCUGGCUUUGGGAUCUCAGUGGAAAUUCCUUUGUUCCCAUCUUCCUGGCCUUGCCAGCAGAUGAGAGGGAGCAGGGAGGCGCCAACUUGUAUCUUCACAGGAUGCAAUGGCAUCAUCCCCCAGCGUCCCGUAGCAAACAGGAGUUACUUGGUCACAGGCCAGAUCUUCCACCCGAGAACAGUCCUGAGCACUAUCUUCUGAAGAUAAACAGCUCCAAAGAAAUGCUUUCAAAUGUAAAAUUGUCCACACAGUGAUGUUGAGAGACGGGUGGUGCUGUGUGACAAUCAUCUCCUAGAGUCUUAUCAGAAGAAAUAGCUCAGAAAGCAAGCUUUGAGCCAGAAAGAAGGAUUCACACACCAGGGCAGGAGGCAGGCAGGUGAGGCUGGCCCCGGUGGUCACUGCAGCCCCACACAGGGCGCUGGAGGAGCUCUGUGCUGGGCACCUCUGUGUGCUCCUCUGCAGAGCUCCCUGCAGUGCUGGGUCGGGUGGGAGCUGGUUGUGCUGGGCAGGGGAGGGCUGUGCUGGAGAAGCAGCUGCAGCAAGAUGAAGGGAGCUGACGGCAGGGCUUGGCUGCUACUGCUCACAGGUGCAGGUGUGGCCUUAGUUGACACAUUGCCCUUUGGACACGAAGAGCUGCCUUAUGUGUUACAAAUUGAAGUACUCUUUCCGCAGUUAGUGUAGCUACAUCACAGACUGAUACUUUCCAUCUCUGCUAUGCCAUGAAGCUUUCCUAUCCUUCCCUCCUCCCUCAGAGGCACUGCUGGCAGACCAGGCUUUAGAGGCACACAGCAAAGGUAGGCGACUGCUUUCCUACUGUCCUCAGUUCCUUCAGGCAAGUGAACCACAGCCCUGUGUAGCUCUGUGGCUUCUUCCCUUGCUAUGUUGAGCUGUUCUCCCACACCGCUGUGGUUCACUGCUCCAAGUUCACACAGACACAGAGCAGGCAGGGCAGUGCUGGUUCAGACACACAGAACUUCCCUGACAAGAAUGGUGCUAAUGGCCGGCACUGCAGUGCUCCGUGAAGAGAAACUGAGGCUGUAUUUUGGUAAGGAUUUUAUUGAUUGUUGUCCUAUAAAAUCAUAACAGUCUUUGAUUCCUUAAGAACCGUGUCUGAGAAUAAGAAAAAGGCUUUUAAAAAACAUUACAGCACUUCUGGAAAAAACAGGUAUGAAAAAUAUAUACAGUGUAUUAAAAAUCUGAAUAAAAUUAAUGCCUGGAUUUAUACAUUCAGUUAUGUGUUAAACAUCUGCCUGUGUACAAUAAAUCCUUCGUUAAAAUAUUAGCAGUACUUCUACUAUGUUAAAUAAGACUUUGCUCAGUGUACAGUCUGUAUCACUGCCAUUUGCUCAGUCUGCUUCUUAUAAAUUAAUCCCGAAGGCUGGAAGCUGCUGUCAGCCUGCCAAAGGAAGCAUUUCUGUACAAAUGUCUUCCUAACAGCUUUUCAACUGUUACAGAGGUACAUAUUUACAAAGUUAUUCACACAUCAGCACAUUACAUUCUAUGUAAAACAGUGUCCAUAACCUUUUAACCACCACGAGGACUGACAGCAUGCCUGCUACCACACACCUUUCUCUCACUUAAUGCAGCCUGCUCUGUCACGAGCCGCUCCAUACGGAGGUGGAGAUGACUGUAAUACAAACUGUCACAUCUACGUACAGAAAGGAGGAGCUGGAAGUGAUUUAAUUGAGUGCAUUCUGUUCACACCAUAUUAAGUAGUUCUUUUUUUCAGUGGAAUUCCAAGGCUAAAUUGCAGAUGCAAAAACAGGCGUUGUGUGAAGUGCAACUGUGAGAGGCCAAGAAGGGUGUUUGUGAAGCAGCACCAGUCAGAGCUCCUCCAGCCCAGGGCUCCCCUCCUGCUCUGGGGUAGGAGAGGACAGAGAUGCCCACUCUGCUUCCACACCUCUCCUUGCUGCUGCCCUGAGUUCCUAUGCUGAAGCUGCAGCAGCUUCGUCAGCCCCAUGGGUCUUAUUACUGCCCUUCUGCUUUUGCCUGUGGACUCAGGGUGAUGCUAACAAAUGCUAAUGAUGAUAUUCAGUGAACUCCAGUUUGGUGAACUUUUACCUCCACAGCAGGAAAAAACUCAUUUCUGCAGCAGAGGAAGAAGGAAGAAUUAAAAAAAAAAAAAAAAAAAAAAAAAAGAUAGGAAAAA